AUGCACUCAGACUUGUUUCAGUACCUGGACGGUUCUGCAUGGCUAACGGACAGGGACGUGGACCAAUCACAUGACACUAUGUUGGCUCGUAACUGCUUCCUCCUCCUGGUGGCGGUGAGUGGAGCAGCCCUUGCCAUCGUCUGUUUCAGCCUUCAGUUCUUUAAUCUAAUCCCUACCACUCCUAUUGUGGAGGAGAGACUUCUACAGGCUGCAGAUGGAGAUGUUCGGUUGACUCAGGGCAAGAGCAGAAAGCGGGUGUUCCCAAAGCCUCACACCCAGAAACCAAACCCCUUAUCUGAAGCCUAUGGCUACUGUAACACUCCCAGCCACAAUGAACAAGCCUGGGAAGGUCACAUUCCAGCAGAUUACAAACUGCUGUCAGUCCAAGUGAUGAUUCGCCAUGGGGACCGUUACCCACUCUACACUAUACCCAAGACCAAAAGGCCAGCCAUCAACUGCACCCUGUCCAUUAGCAGGUAUCCCUCACACCCUCUGUUAGGAGCCUUCAUAAGUCACAUGGGCCUAGGAGGCCGUGGGCACUGGGAGUCUACUUUGGCCUCUCUCCCUCGUUUACCUAACCACAGUCCUUGUGAGAUGGGAGAUCUCACUCAAACUGGUGUGGUGCAGCAACUACGUAAUGGAAAAAUCCUCCGUCAAGCUUACGCGCCCCACAGUUUUGUCCCUUCCGACUGGUCACCUCAACAGGUAUGGGUGGAGACCACGGGGAAGAGCCGCACACUUCAGAGUGGGCUGGCUUUUCUAUAUGGUUUCCUCCCAGAAUUCGAUUGGAAGAAGCUGACAGUACAUCACCAGUGGAGUACACUGUUCUGUGGCUCUGCCUGCGAUUGCCCUGCCAGGAACCGAUUCCUAGAGGAAGAGCAGAGGAGGCAGUAUCGUCUCCGAGUGGCUGAUGAAGAACUAGAAAGAACCUAUGCUGACAUGGCAAGCACCUUAGGUAUUCCAACACGCAACCUCCGGGUCGCAAACCCAAUAGACUCUCUGCUCUGCCACUUGUGCCACGGCCUUCCAUUUCCAUGCAUGUUCACGAAAGAUGGAAGCACAAACAGAUGUCUAAGUACAGCGCAGUUUGCCGUAAUUCGCCGGCAACAGCUAGAUGAUGAAAAAGACCGGAAAAGAGUGGGAUUGUAUCGUAAAUAUGCAAUCUUGGCAAUAUACCCCUACCUCAAUCGAACCGCCAACAAAAUGGAGCGAGUAGCCAAGGUUGCCGCAGGUAAUCGGAAACCAAGAGCUGGAGGCGAAGAGGUGUUCACGGUCUCCUCUGCUCAUGAUGUAACCAUGGCACCUUUGCUGAGUGCACUGGGACUGGAGGAGGCCAGGUUCCCACCUUUUGCAGCAAGACUGGUAUUUGAACUGUGGAAAAGCCCCUCAGUGAAGCAAGGACAGCAGGAGCAGAGGGCUGGCAAAGGUGAAAGGUCAAAAGCAAAAGAUGGAGGAUUUUUUAUCAGGCUACUGUACAAUGGAGAGGAUGUAACGUAUCACACUGUAUUCUGUAGCCCUCUUGACCGUCGCCCCAGUCAGCCUUUCUGCCCUCUGAAGAAGUUUCUUUCUUUUGUAAGGAGGGAUAUAUUCAAUGUCGUCAAUGCGACUUCCUACCAGGAGGCCUGUUAUAGUCACACUGGUUAA